AUGAACAGCGAUUUACUUCAACAAUUUAGACCUUCCCAAGUGAUUAAUUGGGACGAUAAUACAAAGAGACUAAUAUUAUUGGGCAGUUUGAAUGAUUAAUGCGGCAUUCUCAUAUUGCAGAAGAAACCCUUUGAAAAGGAAGUUCAACAACUUGCAUUUGAUUAAGCUGUCCAAUAUUUCCACAAUGAUAUUUAUACAAAAUAUAAUUGUCAGAUGUUGAGUGAUAUUGAUUGUGAAUUGAUCUGCCCUGCAAAUUAGGUUCAUAUUGACAAAUAUUCAAAAUCUGAUUCAGUUAUCAUUGAAGAAACCUAUGAUAUGUACAAAUAAUCAUAAAUUAUUUAAAUGCCCUUGGAUUGGGUCUAUAAUAUAUUGGAAAAGAAGAAGGAGGUGGAAAAUAUUGUAUUUGAAAAUCAAACAUUUUUAAUUCUUAAAGAUUAUGUGUUUGUGAAUUCUCAAAGCUUAGAUGAUUUGCAUUUGUUGGCACUUCCCUUUUAAAGAGAUAUAAAAUCAUUGAGGGAUUUAAAUUAAGAUCACGUUGCAAUGUUGGAAGAAAUGUAUACUGAAGGCUUAAAAAUAAUUUCAGAAAAAUACUAAUUGGAGUCAAAAUUUGUGAAAGUUUUCGUCCAUUACUUGCCAUCAUUUUAUCAUUUUCAUGUGCAUUUCACUCACUCCAGUCAAAUGGGAUAGGCAUUUCGAGAUAUUCCACUUUUAUAGGUUAUAUAAAAUAUUAAAUUAAAAAGCAAUUACUAUUAAUCAUAAGAAUUAAUUAGGCCUGAUUUAACGUAUGAAUUUUAUAAAUUAAAUCAUAAUAUCCAAAAAAUAUUUAUUCUUAUGCAAAAUAAGUUCGUUUAAAAAGGAAUAUCAGAAAUCCAGAAAUAUGCAAAGGCUCUUUUGGGAAAUAAAAAUUAUGUCUAAAAGAAGCUAGCCCAAGAUCCAGACUAUUUCACCAAGUUAGCCAAAGGCCAGAAUCCAAAAUAUCUGUUAAUCGGAUGUUCUGAUUCUAGAGCUCCUCCAAAUGAAUUGACAGAGACCGACCCAGGUGAAAUCUUCAUCCAUCGUAACAUAGCCAAUGUUGUCAACAUGACCGACUUAAACUUAAAUUGUGUCAUCUAGUAUGCUGUGGAACAUCUGAAGGUCCAUAAUAUCAUUAUUAUGGGUCAUACAUACUGUGGAGGAGUUAAGGCAGCCAUGCAAUAAGACUCUGUAGGUGGAUUAUUAGAUCUUUGGCUCAAUAAUAUCAAACAUGUUUAUGAGAAGAAUCAACAUCUUGUGAAUUAAUUUGAAAAUGAAAAUGAUAGAGUGGCUUGUUUGUCAAGCUUAAAUGUCAGAGAAUAAGUACUCAAUAUGUGGAAAAAUCCAAUUGUAUAGAAAUCUUGGGAAGUCGGACAUCCUGUUAUGGUGCAUGGAUGGUUAUUCAGAGUAGAAACAGGAUAUAUUGAAGAAUUGUAAUUGGAUGAGAAUAUUCCUGAAAGUUUAUCUGACGUCUUUAGAUUGAAUUUCAAAAGUGCUUAACAAACAGCACAAGGACAGCAAUCUAAGCAAAACGAUGACCAAUUAGCUUUACCAAGUUUAAACAGUUAAAAGUUCUAAUAAAUGCAAAGUAAGUUAGUAACCGAAUUCAGAAAAUACUCAAACCAUUCUUAAGAUUGUAAUCAUUAAAUGGUUAACUAAAUUUCUGGUAUUCUUUAAAAUGACCCCCAUUUUAAAAAAGAGAAUAAAUGA